GAACUGCCAUAACUACCAUAGUAAAUUCAAAAUUUUAUUAUAUAUAGAUGGUCAUAUCUCUUCGCAGUAGAACACAAACCAUUCGCAAAAAUGACAACCAUGAAAAUGCUUAUGAUGUUAACAGUGGCUACAAUUUUAUUUUUCAGCCACAAACAAGUGAUCGUGGCGACAGAAGUCGUAGAGGCCAAUGAUUACCCAGACCCAUGGGAUUACCCAGACCCGUGGGAUUACCCAGACCCAUGGGAUUACCCAGACCCGUGGGAUUACCCAGACCCGUGGGAUUACCCAUAUCCAUGGGAUGACCCAUACCCAUGGGAUAUCCCAUGUGAUUUCCCGUGGCCAUUCCCCUGGCCACGACCAUGGCCAUGCCCUCCUCCACGACCACGACCUCGACCACGACCAUGUCCACCGCCACCUCCGCCACCGUGUCCACCACCACCUCCACCUCUGCGCUCACCACCACCUCCACCUCCGCGCUCGCCACCGCCUCCACCAAGAUCACCCCCUCCUACACCGUUUUCAGGGUGUUCUAUUAGUGACCAAGAAAAGGUGAAGAAAUGCAUGUUCAACACAACUUCAAUUGAUGCAUGUUGUCCGAUAUUCAAGAGCAUACUUGGCACUAGUUGCCCUUGCUAUAAGUAUGCUGAGGAUUUAGACAAUCAAGUCUUGAUCACUCUUGAAGCUUAUUGUGAUGUCGAUAGCCCUUGCAAGCCGAGUCCCCCUCCUCCAGUGACUCCCACUCCAUUUUCGGAUAGUUGCUCAGCUAGUGAUAAAGAAAAGGUGAAGACAUGCAUGUUCAACACAACUUCAAUUGAUGCAUGUUGCCCGACAUUCAAGAGCAUACUUGGCACUAGUUGUCCUUGCUAUAAGUAUGCUGAGGAUUUGGAUAAUCAAGUCUUGGUCACUCUUGAAGCUUAUUGUGAUGUCGAUAGCCCUUGUAGUGGUGUGCCAAGUCCCCCUCCUCCAGUGGCUCCCACCCCGUUUUCGGGUUGCUCAGCUAGUGACAAAGAAAAGGUGAAGAAAUGCAUGUUCAACACAACUUCAAUUGACACAUGUUGCCCGACAUUCAAGAGCAUACUUGGUAUUAGUUGUCCUUGUUAUAAGUAUGCCGAAGAUUUGGGUAAUCUAGAAUUGAUUACCCUUCAAUCUUAUUGCAAAGUCGAUAGUCCUUGUACUGAUUUACGUGCAAGUGAUUAAGCUAUCCAAGGAGGAGUAAAACAAUGGAUUGCUUAGCUGUUUAAUUCCAGAUCUUGUAUUAGAUAAUUUGUUGUUAUAAUGUUGUGUUUUUAGCAAUAAUAAUGCACCGAGGACGAUGUGGAAUAAAUGAGGAUAUUUAAUGUUUUAUGUUUUUUAAAGAGUCAACGUUCAACGAAAGUAAAUUAAGGGCUGCCACAUGUCCCGUGAACUGCUAUCAUAACUGGAUCUCCUAUCGUUUGUCUAUCUCUUAUCGCGAAAGCACUUUUUUUUUUAUCCUUUAGUGUAUGAUUUGACUCCACUCAAUAUAUCAUGCCCAUCAACAGACCCACUACAGCUGUACCGGCGAAGUCAACCUAGAAUAUUCAGUCAGGUGUUUU